GGGUAAGAUACGGGACUGUAUCUAUUGCACCGGAGAGGAGCAUGAGUAUCACCCCAGUUCCCUCUUCUAUUCUUGCGAGGCUUUGCUUCUGAGAAACUGAGGAGAGAGAGAGUGAGAGGGCUACUCUACUCAUCCACAGUCCCUAAUUCUCCAAAAAAGAAAAAAGAUUCCCCAAGAUCUCGAAAUUCUUUUCAAGGGGACAGGACCAGAGGGUUCUGCUUCGAGAUCUCAAAGAACUAAAACAAAACCGAAUAAAAUUCCGUCUGAUCUGCUCUCAAUUGCAUGCACUGAGAGUGAAUCUCUCAAUAUGGGUAUACUGUUUACGAAAAUGUUCUCGUCCCUCUUCGGCAAUAGAGAAGCUCGGAUUCUCGUUCUUGGCCUCGACAAUGCCGGAAAGACCACAAUCCUCUAUCGGCUUCAGAUGGGGGAGGUUGUGUCCACGAUUCCAACAAUUGGAUUUAAUGUCGAAACGGUGCAGUACAAUAACAUCAAAUUCCAAGUAUGGGAUCUGGGUGGACAGACAAGUAUCAGACCAUAUUGGAGAUGCUAUUUUCCAAAUACCCAAGCCAUAAUUUAUGUUGUUGAUUCAAGUGACACUGAUAGGUUGGUCAUAGCGAAAGAUGAGUUUCACGCAAUCUUGGAGGAAGAAGAAUUAAGAGGUGCUGUUGUUCUCAUUUUUGCAAACAAGCAGGAUCUUCCUGGCGCACUUGAUGAUGCUGCUGUUACUGAGGCUUUAGAGUUGCACAAGAUAAAAAACCGCCAAUGGGCUAUUUUCAAAACUUCUGCUAUAAAGGGUGAAGGUCUCUUUGAGGGCUUGGACUGGUUGAGUAACACGCUCAAGUCUGGAAGUGUCUAACUCAUUCAGUUCCAGUAAAGGAUAUAAGCCUGCUGUUGUUUGGCCAGAACGGAACUAAAGGGUGAAGCGUUUAGUUUGGAUUAACUCGGUAGACUACUCUAAUUGAUUUGGGAGUAAACCAUUCAUACAUGUAAAAUUUGUGAUCAUAUACAUGAACCAUUGGGCUCUUAUUUUUGUUGUGAUACUUUUCUUUAUUUUCUAUCCUAUUUUCUGAUUUAUUUUCCCCAUGUUUGUGGAUUAUGAAUCUUUUCAAUUUUCUGGCCUAAACUUCCUACAAUUUAAUGAGAUAUGGAUAUAAUAUCUGGACUCAAAUGUAUUUAACAUGAA